AUGGCUCAGGGCAUGGGGUUUGCGAUUUUUUUCAUGCUAUGGCUUGCUGGUCGUGUGUCUGCCGACGGCGGAGAUGAUUUUGCAAACAAUCUGGCCUCGGACCUGGGACCUAUUAUUGCGCUAUUUGGCGAACGGGUCGUCAUGCAGUUCAUGAGCCAAGCCAUGGGCAUCGCCGACUGCAUACUCUUGGCCGUCGCCCCGAUUGGCGCAAUCACCACCGUUGUGAGCGCUAUCCGAGUUGCCGGGCCGGCAUGGCUGAAGUCGUUCAUUGGAAGAGCCAGAGAGAAUCUCUCGGCGGCAGAAAUCGACGUCAUGUCGUCUACGUCUAAGGAGGCCUGCGAGCUUUGGAACGGUCACAGCGUGGUUAGAUGUCCAGGAUCAGCCGAUAUAUAUCAGUUCAUUUGCCUUCUGCCAGAUGGGAGUGAUGCCGACUCUCUAUCUCAGAAGGAGGUUCAUAUUCGGUAUGAGAAACUGGAGAAAGUAGUGAGCGAGAAGAUCCUACAGAAGACCGAAACCGGAAAUGGAUCCAGCAACAGCACCCAAAUACAGAUUAUUGCAUCUAAGAACGGGAAGAACUCCGUCGUGAUCAACGACGUUGGUUCCAUGCGAAGAAGAGAUACUAGCAAAACUGAUGCUAGUAAGGCGGAUUCAGGAAAGACUGAUACUGGUACCACAGUUUCUGGGGUUUCGGAAUCCGUCAAGACGGACAGGACAAACUUUCGCAAAGAAGAUUCUAGUACCGAACGAGAUGCAAAGGAAAUGAUUGUCGUUGUUGAAUCUGAUGACAGCGCGCCAAAUCUUCUCCUCAAUUGCCACGAUAGAGUCGAACGAGGCGAAAUUUAUCUUGCAGCCACUAUCGGUGUGAUGCUCCAGCUCGGUGCUCUUGUAUAUUUUGGUUUCAUCACCUAUCAUCAGCCUAUCAAGGGCAAAUUCCUAAAGGAUGGCAAGAGAGUCGUCGACUAUGCUUUUCCAUGUGCCGCCGGAGGAACUCUUCUCUUGGUACUCGGUCUGUUCAUGUGCGCCUGGGUUGUUGAAAAGAGCACAGCAGAGACAUGUUAUGAGGCGGACAAGCAUCAGAUCUUUAUUGUAUGGUUGCAAAAGCAUCAUACUGUGAGCGAGCAGGUCUUUAGGCCCUUUGCAAUCUACCCAACCAGGAAACGAAAAUACAUCACAAUGUCUCGUCGAAAUAUCAGGGAAAAUAUGCGAGAGAAUUCCAUUAUGGGCCAUAACGAGAAGGAUGCCGAAGAUACAAAGGAGAAGGAUGAGCAAACUCGGGAAAGAAUUUUGGAGAAUAUAACAUUUAUCGGCGCUCUCAUUUCCCUCGUUGGAUUCAUUGGACAAUUCAUUGGAAUGAGAGGGCUCAACUGGACAGCAUCAAUUCUACAACUUGGCAUCACGAUUGUGGUGACAAUUAUAAGGGUCAUUGUUCGACGUGGCCUCGGAAAAUCUCCGAUUCGCACGCGCUUGAAGUCAAAAUCCGAGCUGGAUUGGUUUGCUCUGAGCUUUGGAGAUAUUAAAACAGCUCCCUGGGCGAUACUUGAUGACAUUCCUCGCAAGGGGAGAGAGAAUGAUGCUUCAAAAGACGACAGUUCCCCCAGGUGGCGUAUCUGCACCGGAGACAAGCAGGCAUAUCCCUCUUUGAAGUUGGUCGAUGAUGAGAGUCGCCGAAUUGAGAAAACAUCAAUGGCCCAUAAGAUGAUGGUGGCGCGACAGCAAUUGCGAAAUCUUUCCAAGUGGAAAAGUCCGGUCCGUGAAGAGGCGGCUCGUUUAACAUCGGCGAUUGAAACCAUUGCCCAAACAUUUCUAGAAGAAUUGCCUGAAGGAAAUUAUGUGUGGAGUAUUCCAGCAAUUUACAGAGGGUUACCAGAUGAACAUGUCGAUAUAGAGCUUGAAAAGAAAAAGGACAUGAAGUGGCAAGUCAAAGAUACAGCAGGGAGGAUCGAAGCAAUUCUCUCGCUGUGGUUGUACUCAACCCCGCCAGCGAAGCUUUCCGACAGUAAUCAACCUCGCCAGUUACGGCUGUAUGGAUCGAGUGAGCAUCAGAACCGCUUGUCCCGAGAUCUCCAUUGGUGGAUGCCAGAAGUCAUCGCUGAGAUGUCUACACAAACAAAGGCUGAGGUAGAUGAGAAGAAAAGCAUUGGUACGACAGUAGUCGGGUUCACCUCAGAAGAAGGAUCCGUCGAGUCUACAGACGAAGACGGAGAAGAUACAAAGUAUCUCGUCCUUGAGUGCCAAGAAAAGCAAGAAAGGCUCUUCUCCAGGGACUUAUUAUUCUCGUUCUUACGCGCAGUCGCAAAGAUGCCUGAAGUCACCAUAUCAAGCGCGUCGAGCAUACAGCAGAUGAACUAUAGUAAGAUGACGGAGGACUGGAGAGAACUGAAAAUUAAAAACGACACCAUUUCCAACUUGGCCAGGAAACUGGAGAAGAUCGGAUUCGGCACGCUAUCGGAUAUCUAUUUCGAUCUUAUUGUACCCUUAAGCCUUGAGCAGAAACUAAGCAACAUCAAGAAUGUCAUCGACGAUGCUACAAAACAAGCCCAAAGGUAUGAACGAACAUGUCAAUGGAAAAAGUUAGUCGACAGCUGUACUUGUCUCCUUGACUUGUCUCUGCAAUUUGAUCUAGCAAAGGAGUCGUCUGGUCCAUUGGCCAUAGCUGUAUGCUUGGGGUUUCUCAGCAGGCUACGCCAUGAAUCUGUGCUCCAGAAGGCGGAAGGGCGAGAGGAAGAGGAACUCACAAAGCAAUUGAACAUUCUGAUGACAAAAUUAAAGGACGAAAGAUUCGCAAAGCAAGCUAAUAUCUCAAUACCAACGAGGAUGCAAAUGAAGGAAUGGCACUAUGCCAUGCCCUUCAGUACAAUAAUUGGUCCUGCACCUGACAACAUAAGAUCACUGCCGGAGAGUUUCCAAAUCACGGCUGAUCAUCAACAGUUCAUGCAAGAAAUCGAGUCGGAGAAAACUCUGUAUUUCUGGGAUUUCGAAAAGCUCGAAAAGAUAGACGCCUUCGGCUGGUCGCCGCUUCAUUAUGCUGCCAACUUACAAGCCGACAAUAUGCGCAUAGUCUUCUCUCGGAAAGGCGAUGUUCUCAACAUUCGGGACUUUAUGGGAUGGACGCCGUUGCAACAUGCCUGCCUCGUAGGUAACGAGAGAGUAGUGGACAUGCUACUUGAUCGCGACGCUCCAAUUGAGAUUGCCGGAUAUGAUGGAAUUACACCGAUGCACUGCGCUGUUCGAAGUGGAAAUGCCGAUAUACUGCAAAUGCUAGUCGAUAAGGUCAAGUCAGGGCGCCAAAGAUAUACCGGAAAGGGUGUGGUCCAUGUCGAUCGUAACGAAAGACAUCCGAUUCACUGGGCUGCAGUCAAGGGAGAUGUGGACUUGGUCUGGCUGCUUAAGGACGACAUUAGUCUCAAGGAUCGCUUCGGUUGGACCUGUCUUCAUCUGGCUGCGAUAUAUGGGCACGAAGACUUACUCACAUGUAUCAUUGAGGAUUGCGGAGCGGAUAUUAAUAUCGGUGACAACGAUUCCCGUACACCUCUGCAUCUCGCAAUCGAAAACAAAUCGCUGCCGGCCAUCUCUUUGUUAAUUAACGCUGGUGCGCAAGUCAAUGCCAAAUCAAAGGAUGGCUCAACUCCGCUUCACAUAGCUGUUAAACAGAUUGACACUGUACAGCUACUUCUACAAAAUGGUGCUGAUAAGGAAGCAACUGAUCUAGAAGGACGCACACCACUCUAUCAGGCCCUGGCAGAUGGUACAAUUGAAGUCGCUACACUUUUGGUAGACGAGGGUGCAAACGUUGCGAUCGCGGCAAAGGAUGGAAGAACACCACUACACAUGGCGCUUAGUCUUGGGGCAAAGGGAUUCGGUAUUGCAAAGAGACUCCUUCAAUCUGAUUCAUCUAAAGCCACUUCUUAUGCCAAGGCUAAAGCCAAAGACGAAGCAACUCCACUUCACAUAGCAGCAGAGCAUGGCCCAUCUGAAGCUAUAGAGCUGCUACGUGGACUUGGAGCUGAUGUUGACGCGCUGGACGAUUUCGGACAAACGCCGUUGCUCAUAUCAAUCUACAAGAAGAAAUGGGAUAUCGCAGAACUGCUGAUCAAAGCUGGUGCCAAAGUCGACGCUGACGAAAGAGAGGGAUACGCACCGCUACUUGGCGCGGUCGCAGGAGGAAGCGACAGAAUUGUACAAUUGUUGUUGAAAGCCAAGGUUGAUGUAGAUGCUGUCGACGAAGAUGGAUAUUCGCCAUUACAUCUUGCAGUCUCUCAACACGAACUCAAUAUCCUUCAACAGUUGUUGAAGGCGGGCGCGAACAUAGAUGCCGUUAGCGAGGCUGGUAACCAAACGCCAUUGCACAUUGCCGUUCGCAACAAGCACAGGGAUAUUGUAAAGAUCCUGCUCGAGAAGGGAGCCAGUACCACGUUAUACAACUCUCUCGACUUCUCGCCGCUACAACACUCGUUGUAUAUCGGUAACCUUGAGCUUGUGCAAGAGUUUGUUGCGCAUGACAAGAAAGCAAGCGUGAAAGCAGUCUUAGAAAAGGGGAAAGACGGUAACACGCCAAUGCAUACCUUGUGUCAAUGGUCUUGUUACGAGAGCGACGAAGAAACCAUGCUCAAAAUGCUUGAAGAACUUUUGAGCGUCAGCCCGGAGAUUGACAUUAACGCCAAGAAUGAUGAACAAUUGACUCCGUUGGAUUUGGCAGUUUCUAGAGCGGGAAGUUAUCGUAAUUUUAUAUGCACGUUGGUGAGAAAGGGGGCAACUUCAGGUUCGGAAGAAACAUCGAGAGAGUUUUUUGGUUGGAAGGAUGAUAUGGAGGUUAGCGAUGAGAUGCUUGAAUAA